GGCCUGGCACUGGAUCCUGGCUCCCACAGGCAUCCCAUAAGAUUGUGGAUACUCCCAAAAGGUUUUAGGCUGGUAGGAAUCAGGGAACCUGUGUGUGGCAAUUCCAGGGUCAACUGCUAGGUGGCACUGUGGGAAAAAGCAGCUUUGUUGCUUGCAACCAAGGGAGCCAGGUAGUUCAUCUCUGGUCAGGGCAGUGUCUCAGCCAAGCCUGGGUUCUGCUCUUGGACUUGGUAUGUGGGCACACACAGGGACAUUUGGUUAUAUGAAGGGGACACCUGCUGUGCUGUCAAGGUGACUCCCCUUCUCCUCCCCAGAAUGGAAGAUCAGUUUGCCGCCCUGCACGAAAAUCCUGACAUAAUCAUUGCUACACCGGGCCGGUUGGUACACGUGGCCGUUGAGAUGAACCUGAAGUUACAGAGCGUGGAGUAUGUGGUUUUUGAUGAAGCCGACAGGCUCUUUGAGAUGGGCUUUGCCGAGCAGCUUCAGGAGAUCAUCAGCCGCCUCCCUGGGGGCCACCAGACGGUGCUCUUCUCCGCCACAUUGCCCAAGAUGCUGGUGGAGUUUGCCCGGGCCGGCCUCACGGAGCCCGUGCUCAUCCGCCUGGACGUGGAUGCCAAGCUCAACGAGCAGCUGAAGACCUCCUUCUUCCUGGUACGCGAGGACACCAAAGCCGCCGUGCUACUCUAUCUGCUCCGCAACGUGGUGCGGCCCCAAGACCAGACAGUGGUGUUUGUGGCCACGAAGCACCAUGCUGAGUACCUCACUGAGCUGCUGACGGCCCAGCGGGUGAGCUGCACCCACAUCUACAGCGCCCUGGACCAGACGGCCCGCAAGAUCAACCUCGCCAAGUUCACGCAUGGCAAGUGUUCGGCUCUCAUCGUGACCGACCUGGCCGCCCGCGGCCUGGACAUCCCACUUCUAGACAACGUCAUCAACUACAGCUUUCCCGCCAAGAGCAAGCUCUUCCUGCACCGCGUGGGCCGUGUGGCCCGGGCUGGCCGAAGCGGUACGGCCUACUCCCUGGUGGCCCCCGAUGAGGUCCCCUAUCUUCUGGACCUGCACCUGUUCCUGGGCCGCGCCCUCAACCUCGCACGGCCACAAGAGGAGGCCUCGGGUGCUGUCAGCCUGGACGGUGUGCUGGGCCGGGUACCGCAGAGCGUGGUGGAUGACGAGGACGGCGGCCUGCGGAGCGCGUUGGAGGCGUCGCUGGAGCUGCGGGGCCUGGGCCGCGUGGCGGAGAACGCGCAGCAGCAGUAUCUGCGCUCGCGGCCCGCGCCCUCGCCCGAGUCCAUCAAGAGGGCCAAGGAACUGGACCUGGCAGGGCUGGGCCUGCACCCCCUCUUCAGCUCGCGCUUCGAGGAUGGGGAGCUGGAGCGGCUGAGGCUCGUGGACAGCAUUAAGAAGUACCGUGCCCGGACGACCAUCUUUGAGAUCAACGCCUCCAGCCGGGACCUGAGUUGUCAGGUGAUGCGCGCCAAGCGGCAGAAGGACUGCAAAGCCAUCGCCAACUUCCAGCAGGGCCGGCAGGAACGGCGGGAAGGUCCAGCUGGCCCAGCCCCAAAGGAGGAGCAGCCCGAGAAGGAAGAGGAGGAUGCGGGAGAGAGUGUGGAGGCCAUCUUCUCAGAGGUCGUGGGCAAGAAGCGGCAGGCUCCAGGCCCCAGCAGAGCAGCCAAGAGGCGGAGGGAGGAGAUGAGGCAGCAGGACCAGGAGUUCUAUGUCCCCUACCGACCCAGAGACUUCGACAGCGAGCGGGGCCUGAGCGUCGGAGGGGCUGGGGGCGCGUUUGAGCAGCAGGUGGCCGGCGCUGUCCUGGACCUCAUGGGGGAUGAGGCACAGAACCUGAGCAGAGGCCGGCAGCAGCUCAAGUGGGACCGGAAGAAGAAGCGGUUCGUGGGGCAGUCGGGACAGGAGGAUAAGAAGAAGAUCAAGACAGAGAGUGGCCGGUUCAUCAGCAGCUCCUACAAGCGGGACCUCUACCAGAAGUGGAAACAGAAACAGAAAAUUGAUGACCGGGACUCGGAGGAAGAGGGGGCCUCUGACCAGCGAGGCCCAGCACGAAGAGGUGGGAGGAGAGGGCGUAGCCAAGGUGCAUCUCAGCCCCCCGGCGGCCCUGGCAGCCGCGUGCGCUCCGAGCUCAGGACCAAGCAGCAGAUUCUGAAGCAGCGGCGCCGGGCCCAGAAGAUGCGCUUCCUGCAGCGCGGGGGCCUCAAGCAGCUCUCCGCCCGCAACCGCCGCCGGGCCCAGGAGCUGCGGCAGGGAGCCUUCGGCCGGGGCGCCCCGUCCAAGAAGGGCAAGAUGAGGAAGAGGAUGUGAGGGACUGGCAAUCCAGGAGUUUCUCAUGAUGGCUGCAGAAGUAGGCAGCCAAGAAAACCAGUGGUGCCUGGCCCAGAACACAGCAGCUGCCUCAACCAGGGUGGACACGUUGGGCAGGUCUUGAGGUGUACAGAGUUCUCCAGCAAAGCAGCGGGUCAAGACCUGAGUAUGUUCUAGACUUAAGGCUCGUGGCCACAUGGGUCUGCACCCUAAGGGGUUUUAAUGGAAUAAAGCUUUAUUGAGUGCCUCUGGCAGGCCAGGA